GAUGAUCUAGAUCCAAUAUCAGCCUCAAUUUCUAGAUUACGAGUUGGAUGAAGACGAAUAACAGCUAGAUCUAGGUUAUUAUUCAGACUGUCAGUUUCGACAAGAUCCCAUCAUGUUCAGUCGACACGUCUUCGUCUUCAGUCACCAGAUGCCACCAAAUGUUAUUUUCUCAGAUUCAGAUUGUUCCGUCAUGUUCAUUUCUUUGGGAACGCCCUUUUGCACUUUGAUUCCUGGCGACACACCCUGGCUGUCCUGCUGACUGAAACUAGAUUCUAGAUCUAGUGAAAGAUCCCGUCAUGUCAUGGUUUCCUCAAAAAAGAGAGAGCACCUGGCUUCAGCGUGCCUGUGAGGCUGUGUUGUCUGCUGGUCCCAUCCCUCGGCAUGUAGCCAUCAUCAUGGAUGGUAAUCGGCGGUUUGCUGUGAAGAAUAGCUUGGCAAAGUCUGAGGGCCAUGUGAAAGGGUUUGAUAAGCUAGCAGAGACAUUGGAAUGGUGCCUCGAUCUUGGAAUAACUGAGGUUACUGUCUAUGCUUUUAGCAUUGAGAACUUCAAGCGAUCACCUGAUGAAGUGAACUGUUUGAUGGAGUUGUCCAGACAGAAAUUUGCCCGCUUGCUUCAAGAAAAAGACCUGAUUCAUCAACAUGGUGUUUGUGUGAGGAUUCUAGGUGACAUUUCCAGAUUGCCCAGUGAUCUGCAGGAACUGCUUGCAGAAGCUGUCUCCAUUUCAGCCAACAAUAAAAGGGCAAUUCUUAAUGUGUGUUUCGCGUACACGGCCAGAGAUGAUAUGUGCAUGGCAAUGAGAGAUGUGGCCGAUGGAGUGAAAAAAGGACUCAUUAAGAAAAGCGACAUCUCAGAGUAUCUGUUUGAGAAGUGUCUCUACACAUCUCAUUGUCGGGAUGUGGAUCUUUUGAUCCGCACAUCAGGGGAAAUACGACUGAGCGACUUCCUAAUGUGGGAGAGUUCAUUUUCCUGCCUGGCUUUCGUCAAGGUUCUGUGGCCUGACUUCAGUAUCUGGCACCUGUAUGCUGCUAUUCUUCACUAUCAGAGAAACCAUGGAAAGAUCCAGAUCGCCAGACAAAAUAAUGCUAUUGAAAGACAACGGCUGCAACGGGAGUCUGACCUCAAAUGUGUAAUGGAGGAGGAGGAGGAAGAUAAAUCUGGCGUGAACACCAAAGACAAUCCAGCAGGCUCGUCCGGCAAGGACUCCCCGAGUGGUGUAGCAGAGCAGAAAAAUGUCCAGUCUCGUGUUCAGCAUUACAAAGAAGUACGUGAGAAGCGAGUGGAAGAGUUCCUCCGGACUGUGCACUCGAAGAGAAAGCAGUUCUGGACGUCCCUUGCUCUCUCUCCAUCUGAUGUGACCUUAAAACCAAGCCAAAGUGUUUCUGUUUGUUGAUGUUGAUAUACAUAGAGUCUGUAAGGUUUGAUUGAAUGAGCUGAGUGUUUGAGGUAAAUCUGUUAAAAGUGACGUUGUGGGAGAGUAUAAAUAUAUAUGUAUUAUUAUAUUCUGUAUGGUAUAAAACGUACUAAACAGAAGACUGUCGAAAAUUAAAAUUGACAGAGGAUUUUGCAAUAAACUGCACAA